CUUUAUCUCUACAAACAACUUCAUACACUCCUCCACCUUUGCCUGAAGUUUCUGGGAUGCUGAAGGAGCCGCAGCAGGGGGAGAAGUUCCAAGAAUGGAGUUAAGUCACCAACUUGAAGCCACGCCUUGCCAGCACAUCUACCUCGCAGUGUAGUCGGUGACAGCAGACCACCAUGGCUCUAAACAUACCCGGUGUGGUGGCGGUGGUGCUGUUCUACAUGUUAAUCCUGGGUACUGGGGUUUGGGCAGCCCGGAAAUCCAGAAGAGUCGAGAGGAAGAGCUGCGGAGACAGAACCGAGGUGGUGCUGCUUGGAGACAGGAAUAUCAGCCUGGUGGUUGGGAUUUUUACCAUGACCGCCACUUGGGUCGGAGGAGGUUUUAUCCUGGGUGUUGCUGAAGCCGUGUACACUCCCAAAAUGGGCUUGAUUUGGGCUUUGAUGCCGAUACAAUACUCUGUAUCCUUCAUAAUAGGAGGUCUCUUCUUUGCCAAGCCAAUGAGGGAGAAGGAAUAUGUCACCAUGAUGGAUCCUUUCCAGGAAAAGUAUGGCAGGGUGUUGAGUGGGGCCCUCGUGCUGCCAUGUGUUUUGGUGGAUGUGCUGUGGGUAUCCUGCACUCUGUUAGGGCUGGGAGCAACUAUGAGUGUGAUACUGGACUUGGAGUUUGGCUACUCUGUGUGGAUUUCAGCUGCUGUGGCUAUAGUCUACACUCUGUUGGGAGGACUUUAUUCAGUAGCCUACACUGACGUCAUCCAGCUCGCCCUCGCAUUCCUCAGUUUGUGGCUGUGUGUACCGUUCAUACUACUGAACAAAACAUCUGUUAACAUCGCUGACACAGCUUUUAACAACACAUUUCAAGAUCCAUGGGUUGGAAGUCUGGAUAAGGAUAGUGCCUGGAAGUGGAUUGAUGACUUCUUAAUGUUGGGUCUUGGUAGUCUGUCCUUCCAAAGCUUCCACCAGAGGACGCUGUCUGCCUCCUCAGCAAGAACAGCCCAGUUAACUUGCUAUGCAGCAGCAGUUCUGAUAGCCAUUCUGGGAAUCCCUCCUGCUCUGGUUGGGGCUGUGGCUGCAUCCACAGACUGGAACCUGACAGAGUACGGUUCCCCCCCUCCUUACAUCCGUGGGGAGCACAGUUUUGUCCUGCCCCUCACUCUGCAGUACCUCACUCCAUCCUACAUCUCAAUCAUUGGAAUUGGAGCCGUCGCCGCUGCUGUCAUGUCUUCCACAGACUCGGGUCUGUUAUCUGCAACAUCUGUCUUCUCCUCAAACAUCUACAAAAAUGUCCUGCGCACACAGGCUUCAGAUAAUGAGAUGCAGUGGGUGAUUCGGGUGUCAGUUGUAGUUGUGGGACUUGUUGGAACGUCCAUAACAUUCUACACUAACAGCACCCUGGUCCUCUGGAUUCUCGGAGCUGAUGUCUCCUACACCCUCAUGUUCCCCCAUUUGGUUUCUGUGCUUUUCUUCAAAGUGACCAAUGGUUACGGCGCAGCAGUGGGGUACAUAGUGGGGGUGAAUCUGAGGAUUCUGUUGGGAGAAAAUACUUUGGGCAUCCCAGUUGUCAUUCACCUUCCAGGUUGUACUCUGGAAGAUGGCAUCUAUGUCCAGAAGGCUCCUGUGAGGACAUUGUCCAUGCUGUGUACCUUGGUAACCGUAUUGCUUUUUUCUUGGUUGGCUUGUCUCAUGUUUAACCACGGCUUGCUGCCUGAGAAAUGGGACGUUUUCAAAGUAAGACGUACGGUUACUACACCGCUGGGGGAUGAUGCCACACAAAACCUCAAAGAUGAAGUGGUGAAUUCUGCUGAAUGUGAUCAGAACAGCCACGGAGUGGCUUUACAGCUGCUGUCACAAACUGGAGCAUGAAGGCUCUCUGUAUAUAAAAUGUCUUUGAUCCUAUUCACUUUGGACACAGUUAUUGUAAACUGAGACUGACAAUGAUUAUAGUAAAGGCUCUUUUUUCUUUUAA